GCUCCCUCACUGUUGUUCUCACAACAGUGAGGGAGAGGAAGCAGAGGAAACAAUAGUGAGAGAUUGGAUAAUAUCUUAGUACAAACAGCUGAAGCCCUCUAAAAUCAAAAUGAAGGUUGCUAGCUUGAUGAUCCUUGGCAGCCUGUGUGCCAUCAAUGUAGCCCCUCAAACAGUCACAGAGGUGUCUGUUCUUAACAGUCCACAACCAAUGGAAGCCCGGUCCCGCUUUGCGAUGCUGGAUGAUGUGCGUCUGCUGGCUAACGGCCUCCUCCAGCUGGGGCAGAGCUUGCGAGAGUUCGUACACAAGACCAAAGGGCAAAUCAACGACAUCUUCCAGAAGCUGAACAUUUUUGACCGCUCAUUUUACCAGCUCUCAGUCGUGACCAGCGAGAUCAAAGAGGAGGAAGAGAAACUCAAGGAAACCACCACCUUUCUGAAGACCAAUAAUGAGGAAAUCCGCAAUUUGUCGCUGGAGAUCAACUCCAAGAUCAACAGCAUUCUGCAGGAGCGCAGUAACCUGCAGAGUAAAGUGGGCAGUCUGGAGGAGAAGUUGAAGGACCUGUCGCAGAGCAUGAUGCCUCUAGAGCAGCUCCAAGAGAUAACCACACUGAAGGAUGUAAUCGACUCUCAGGAGAAGACCAUCAAAGACCUGCUAAUGUCAGUGCGAGAGCAGCAUGAGCAGCUCAACUCUCAGAAAAUCAAAAUCAAGAGCUUGGAGGAAAAGCUUAAUUAUGACCCUUUCCAAGAAACAGCCGAAAAAACUUCAGACUCAAGUCCAGAAGCACCAGAACUUUUAGAGUACCUAACAAGUAACUCAACUGAAUCAACUAUGGACACAAAUGACUUUCCCACAGACUGCAGUGAAGUGUUCAAUAGAGGCCAGAGGAACAGUGGAGUUUACCCAAUCAAGCCCAAUCAAUCAGAGCCAUUCAACGUCUACUGCGAUAUCAGCUCAGAUGGGGCAGCUACUGUCAUUCAGCGCAGAGUGGACGGUUCUGUAGAUUUUGAUCAGAACUGGGACAAAUAUGAGCUUGGAUUUGGAAAUUUGGAAAAAGAGUUUUGGCUGGGCUUGGCAAAAAUCUACUCCAUUGCCAGACAGGGCGACUAUAUUCUAAACAUUCAGCUAGAGGACUGGAAAGAGGAGAAAAGAUCAAUUGAGUAUUUGUUCACUCUGGAUGGUCCCACAUCUCACUACACGAUCCAUCUGACACAUCUGUCUGGAAACCUGCCGGAUGCCAUGAGCAACCACACCGGCAUGAUGUUCUCCACCAAGGACAAGGACAAUGACAAUCAUGAAGAUUCCAAUUGUGCCCGUAACUACUCAGGUGGUUGGUGGUUUAACGCAUGUGGUGACACCAAUCUAAAUGGCCGGUACACCUGUAUGCGCUCAAGGAGUCGUUCUCUGCGCAGGAAAGGGAUCUACUGGAGACCUGGCAGGGGGAGCACUUAUACCCUCAAAUUUACAAAAAUCUCCAUUAGGCGAUCGUCCUAGCUUGAACCUGGUUGACUGGGCAACUCUUAAUCUAGGGGAAAAGGUCACACAGGCAGCGGUGACUCUGGCCAACAGAAGUUUCCCCAUUCUCCUACACUCAAUCCAAAAGUGCUGACGCUUCAUCAAAGAAUGAUGCAACUAGAGCAGGCCAUUAACCAGUGGCAGAUAUAAAGGAGACAUUGCAUGUGCUCAUAAUUUCUGAACAUUGUUCAUAGAGAUUACAGGCAUAGCUGAAUGCACUUCUGGAUUAAUAAUAGUAAAGUGUUGCAUGCUAUUAUGAAUUGUGAUACACUUUGAAACCACUCAUAUAAUAGUACAUUAAGUAACUAGAGAAAGCAAGCCAGUGAAUAGCAAUGCAUAUGUGCGUAAUAGUUUUCAGUGUCUUGCUUUUAUAUAGCAGUUUAACUUAAUACCGUAUUUAAGCAGUGUUCAUAUUUGCGCUACAUUAGUCAAGAACUGUGCUAUGAGUAGUAACUGUUUGCUCCGUUAUGUUACUGAGUCAUAUUGACUCCUGGCUACACACUGUGCAUACCCAACUGUACAGUAUUUUGUUUACAGACUUGUCCUCAUAAAUAUCUUGGUACAUCAUUUUUGUAACAAAAAUAAAGUGAAAUACUCAACAACCA